GUCAAAUUAUUGACAGAUACUCAUCAGAAAUGAUAGAAAAUUAAUCAAGGAAAGACAAAUUGAGUUUUCAGACGAAUUCAAAAGUAUUCUGAUAAAUGUGUUGAAACUGAUGGUACUGGGGUUUUUAAAGGGAGGGAUGUUAAUUUGUGAUGAUAAUUUCAUUGGGGUGGUUUUCUGAAAUCUUUCCGAGUGGAAUUCUUCAAAAUGACAGGAAUUGUAGGAAACGAGUGUUGCCAGUAUUUGGAUAUAGCAUUAUUUGCAGAAAAUUUCGUAGACAGUAUCAUCCAGGAAGCUGAAAGUACAAUAACAACAGAGACUGGGCAAAAAUCAUUCAGCGUCGUAUCUACAGAAAAUUACGAAUUCAGAUCUUCAGUAUAUUCAGCGGAGUACUAUACUUUCAUCGACGAAAAGCGGGAAUUUAGCUCUUGGCCGACCAUUGAGAAGUUCACCAUAAAAUUAGGCGCAGCGAAAAUAAACGAAUAUCUUUCCUCCUUUCCAGUCGUGGAGGAAUGGUUGUAUGCAAUAUAUUUUCUCAGAACCAGGGAGGAAAGAGUUUCCAGUUUGCAUGAGUACGAGGUUACCUAUCGUCUGGAAACGAAUAGUACCGUCCAUGAAGCUGAAAUAUCGAAAUUCAAUGAGAAAUGGUUGAUGUUUAUCUUAGACGCAAAAAUCAAAUUUUUCCAAAAAGUGCAUUAUUAAAGUGAAUCUUUUAAAAUGUAGGGUUAAGGGCGAAUAUAGAAUAGUAUAAACGAUCGACACAACUA